UGGCCGACGAGGGCCCGUCCGCGCUGGGGCGGCGGUGCGAAGGCAGAAAGGCUGGAACCACAUCCUUGGCAGACGACCGUGAACAAGAUCGAUGCAAGCAUUUCCACCGUGGAGCUUCCUCUUCAACGGGGGAGAGAAGCACCGAGCGAUCUUGAUAAGUGAUUUCAAGAGAAUCGAAUAGGAUAAUGGACUAGAGUGUGACGAGGCCGCGAUGGCUGUUUUGGAUGGGUCGUCAGGAAACGUGUCUAAGGAAGUGACAUUUGAGCAGCCAUUUGAAUGAAGAGGAGGCUGCAAAGCCUUCAUGGGGAGGGGGUGGAUUUUUGGCAGGCGGAGAGACUCAAAAAGGCGAAGCCUCUAAUGCAGGAAAACCUUUGCUGUUACAGGAACCUCAAGACAGAAAGGCCAGUGUGGCCUCGCAGAGUGAGACAAAUCCUCUCAUGGGUUCAGUGUAGCUGCCUCCAAAGCCUCUCAGCAUUUAGUCCCAGGCUCUCCUUGGUCAGUGUCUCUGAAAAGCUUGGUGCCUGAAGGUGUCCCUUCCUCCAACCCUGCGUGGUCCUGCAGCUUGAUACCUGCCGACCUUGUAGCUGCUACUUAAGAAGAAAAGUGUGAUUUAUCACAGGGCGCCUUUGUCUUGUGGGAAGCAGUGGGGAAUUGAAAUUCCUUAGCAACUAAGCAGUGGAGAAAUCAGUGGAGAGGGAAGGAGGUGAAAGACCACAGCCGGGCGGAUCAGUGGGCCUUAUUGUAGAAGUGAGACCCGAUAUUUCACCAAAGAAACACUGUAGAGAUUUGUCAGAUUUCUAAGAUUAAUAUUUACAAUUUGCAAUUGUCGACCUUAAAGCUACAUGAUGGCAAUCAAAACGGAAGCUUGCUUUGAAAUCUUAGGACAACUGUACGAGAAGGUACUUCUUGGAACCACACUGGAAAAUGACAGCCAUGACUGUGGCUGUUAUCUCAGUCCAGCAUUUUCAGAUCAAGCCAGCUCCUCCACCACCUGCUCAGAAGGCUCCGACAACCGUGGGGUCCCAGAUGGGCGACCCCCAGCCUCUACCAAUUCGGCUUCUACCAAUUCUGCAGAGCCCAAGUGUUGGAAGAGAAAUGCUCAGCAGAGCAGCGCCUGGGAAAUUAGGCUCCUGCAGUUAACAGUGAUCCGAGUGAUGAUCACCAGGAUACUGUCCUCAGACACUGAACUCCAGGCAAAGGAGAAAUACCGAGAGAUCAUUAAAAUCCUCUUAAAAUCAUCAGAAGUCGAUUCUGAAUUAACCAGUAUGUUCCAAAACUCGGAUAAGCUGUUACCUCACAUGGCAGCAAAGUGCCUCGCCCUGCUUGUGUAUUUCCGGUUGAAAGAAAAGAUGACAUUAAGCAAAUCCUGGAUUGCUUUUUGCCAAAAAAAUCUUUCUGUACACACUGAAAGUGAUAAAGUCGUAUACUGCCUCUCAACUCUGACAGAUGUAAUAAAAGAAACCUUUAAAGAUCCAUGUUCACAAAAAACAGAAAUUCUAAAGCAGUUCCUGACUCCUUUUGACACUGUUUUUGAAGAAUUUUAUAAUUCCUUCUUUUCUCAGCACUUUGAAAACUUCCAGGAUACUUCUAAAAUAGUAACUAGUUUGAUGUCUUUCCUGGAAUUGCUGGAACUUCUUAUAGCCACCAGAAUCCACCUGAAGUCACAUUUCACUUGCCAAAGGCUUUUAUUUUUGAAACCUUCUUGUGUGCUAAAUGUCAUUACCUGGCCCAUCAAGGCCUUUGUCAAAAGGAAGUGCAUCAUAUUCAUCAAAAAGUGCCUGCUCCAGAAAGUGGGUGAAGACCUUUGUCGUGGCUCUGUCCCUGCCUUAACACUUCCAGAUCCUCAUUUUGAUACGGACAUGUUGGCUUUAGCUGAUGCCAUUUUGCAAGCUGUGGAUUUGGGUUUGUUGCGGGCAUUGUCUGUCUGUGGAGAACCAUCCUGCUUCGGAGGCGAUGAGGUUCAGCCGGGAGGUGCCCAUGUCCCUGGUGCAGACCACGUGACCCUCAGAGCUGCAAGCUUACUUAUCAUUAAAUCCUUAGAAAUCAAGUUUCAAAGUUGUGCUUCAGUAAAUGAAAUGAAAGUUGAUUUACAGAGAUUUAUGUCUGAGUUACUGACCUUCUUAAAGCCUCACCUUCGGCCCUGUCUGCCAUCCUGCAAUCUGUGUGAAUGGUUGCCCAAGGUCUUCAUAGAACAAGAUGAUGACAUGCUGGAGGCUGCCAAAGCAUUAAUGGCCAUCUACCUAAAGUUGACCAGAGAUUGUGAAACUACUGAAAGCUUGACCCAAGAAAAAGAAAUGUGGAAGCAUCACACACACGACAAUGGCUAUAAUCCACACUGUAUUUUCUUAUUUUUCUUAAGAAAUAUUGGAUUUGAUUCUUCAGUUCUUCUUGACUUUUUGAUUUCCUCAGAAACCUGUUUUCUUGAAUAUUUUGUUAGGUAUUUAAAAUUACUGCAAAAAGAAUGGGAUAAUUUUUUUACCAUUUGCAAAUAUUUUGAUGUAACUGAACUUAAAGACAACAUAGAUAUUUGUGGUUGUGCCCCCUUCCUUGUUGAGGACAGGAACAGCAACCAAGCAGAACCUGGUCCUUUGGCUGCUGCUGGGAGUCAGAGAAAUAAUCCUUCUUGGCACUCCCCAGCUUCACCAGAACCUCUUCGUCAGGUUGUGAUGUCCAAGGAGACCCAAGGCACCCUGCAGGAUGACCGUCGGUCUCCCCAAAAGGUUUCUCAAAGUCUGGUAGAUUAUGACAGCUCCGAGGAUUCAGAAGUAGAAUCCACAGACCAGCAUAUAGCAAACAGUAAAUGGACCUCUGUAUACCAAGAAGCAAAGAAGAACGUUCAGGACACCUGUGGGAAAGGUAGGAAUGAAAAAGGACUUAACCUGGAGCCUCACUCGAGGCCUCUGUUUCCAAAUGAAUCUAAUGCUCCCGUUUCUGUCCUUUGUGACAUAGCCACAAACAGCAUUUUCUCUGAAGGGGGUGUGUCUUACAGCACAGCUAGGUGCUUUGAGGAGCUGCAAGGUGCCAUUCAGCGCCUCCAGAAGAAAAACCUCUUCCCAUACAACCCCACGGCACUUUUGAAACUGUUAAAACAUAUUGAGGCAAUAUAUAAUAAAUGUGUGAGUCCUUUGUAGACAUUGGUAUAGUUUCAGGUAUUUUUUUUUUCCCUAUUAUAAAUUGUACCUGAAUAAAAUAAUAGUAAAAAACAAGUCAUUAAAGGGAUUUUCUAAACCAAGUCUUUCAUUUUGCCUUAUUGGAAGCAGCCUAGUAACUGAAGAAGAUCUAGCCAGUGGCAGAUGGCUCAAUACAGUUGUACAUCCUGUAGAAUUUAUGGUAGUUCGAACUUCACACAAAAUUUGGGAUAGUUAUUAAAUUAGUUGCUAGGGCUACCAUUAACAAAUUAACACAAACUUGGCAGUUUAAAAUACAGAAAUGUAUUCUCUCUCCGUUCUGGAGGCUAGAGGUCUAAGAUCAAGGUCUCUGCAGGGCCAUGCCCCCUGUUAAGGAUCUGGGCAACACGCCUGCCCUGGCUCUUCCUAACUUCAGGGCCUGGCUGGCCAUCCUCAGCGUUCCUUGACUCAUAGACCUUGGCCCUCUCUUCUGUCUGGUGUUUGCUCUAUAUCUGUGUCCAGGUUCCUUCUUAGAAGGACACCAGUCAUUGAUUAGCACCCACCUCUAAUCCUGCCUGACCUCUGAACUGGAUUAUAUUACCUUCCAAAUAAGGUUAUAGCCACAGGUGGUGGGCAGGAAUGGAGAGAACACGGUUUAACCCAGUAUAGUUAUUAUUCCCUGCUGAGGUAUUUACACAUAAUAAGUAAAAGAUUAAAAAUCAUAACUUUUUUUUUUAAUUAGCUCUAUUUAUGUGCCCUAUUCUAUGAACAUGAGUCUAUUCUUUAAAAAAAAUAAAAAUUUAACCACGAGGUAAUUUUCCUA